UUGCCCCGCCCCUUCCCUCAGCUGUCUACGUGGGGGACCCGAAGCAGUUUGGGGGUCGGGGGUGGAGUUCAGGGGCCCCGCAUGAGGCCCGGCGGGUGUCGGGGGCGGGGAUGCGGGGGCUUCGGCUGCUGCUGGCGAUGGCUUUCAGCUGGUUCUCGUGGCUGCCGAGCAGCUGGGGCAAGACCCUGAGGGGCAGCUUCAGCAGCGCCUCGGCCUGGGAGCUGCAGGGCCAGAGCAUCAGCCACUUCCAGUUCCAUGGUGACCAUGCUCUUCUGUGUGUCAGAAUCAACAACAUAGCAGCAGCUAUUGGAAAAGAAGCUAAACUUUACCUGUUUCAAGCACAGGAAUGGCUAAGACUGAAGGAAAGUACCCAAGAGGAUUAUAGCUGCACAGAAAAAUUAUCCAAAGCUCCUUUGACAAUGACUCUGAAUCAUACUGAACACAACCUAACCGUGUCUCAGAUUCCAUAUCCCCAAAUGUGGUAUGUGUUUUAUGUUGACAAGUUUACGUGUGAUGAUGACUUUGAAAAUUCUGAAUUAGAAGACAUAUCAUUUGAAAUGAUAUUACUAAAUCCAGAUGCUGCAGGGAAUCCAUUGGAUCAUUUUAGUGCUGGAGAGUCUGGAUUACAUGAAUUCUUUUUCCUCCUAGUCCUGGUAUACUUUGUGGCUGCCUGCAUUUAUGCUCAAUCGCUGUGGCAGGCUAUUAAGAAAGGAGGGCCCAUGCACAUGGUUUUAAAGGUCUUAACAACUGCAUUGCUCUUGCAAGCUGGUUCAGCUUUAACUAAUUACCUGCAUUUCUCCAGUUACUCCAAAGAUGGAAUUGGGGUCCCUUUUAUGGGAAGUUUGGCAGAAUUUUGUGACAUAGCCUCCCAGAUCCAGAUGCUGUACUUAUUACUGAGCUUAUGCAUGGGUUGGACAAUAGGCAGAAUGAAGAAGUAUCAAAGCAGACCUCUUCAGUGGGAUUCUACACCAGCAUCUACUGGCAUAGCUGUAGUCAUUGUCAUAAUACAGAGUAUUUUGCUGCUCUGGGAGCAAUUUGAAGACACCAACCACCACAGCUAUCAUGAACAGCAUAAUUUAGCAGGGAUACUUCUAAUUAUUUUAAGAGUUUGCCUAGCAUUAUCUAUAGGCUGUGGUCUCUACCAGAUCAUCACAGUGGAAAGAAGUACACUUAAAAGGGAGUUCUACAUCACAUUUGCCAAAGGAUGUAUCUUAUGGUUUUUAUGCCAUCCAGGUCUGGCAACCAUUUCUGUUAUUUUUAGUGACUACCAAAGAGAGAAGGCUAUCACAAUAGGUGUUAUCAUCUGCCAAUCUGUUUCCAUGGUUAUCCUCUACAGACUUUUUCUGUCUCAUAGUCUAUACUGGGAAGUUUCUUCACUUUCUUCAGUAACACUACCAUUGACAAUAUCAUCUGGACACAAAAGUCGACCUCAUUUUUAAACUUGGUUAAAGGGAGAGUGCAUUCAUUUAACAAAGUGCAAUAAGGAUCCAAAUACAGUGAUGUUUCACAUUUUUGUUCAUAUGUUCCUUUGGAAAAAUCGAAUAGAAAAAAGCAGAGUGUAUUAUAGUCCUGGCAUUUGAACAGUACCAAAACUGAAGAAAGCUAAUAAAAGAAAUGUUAUGAAAUAUAUAUAAAAUAUGAACUUUUAAAGAAAGGUUAUUCUUCUGUGGUGAGCAGUUUUUUCCUUAUGGAAACAAGGGAGAAAAGGAACUGUGUAAUAUUUUGUUUAGAUAUUUUCAAUACAUAUACUUCCUCAUCUUGUAUCAAUAUAGCUGACUCAGGUUUGACAGCCUUAUAAAAAGUAAUCAGUUAAGUGAUUACCUGCUCAAACAUGUCUCAAAUAGCCCAGUUAUGAAAUCAGUGUAAUGCACUGACUAAGAUUGCUCUCUUUUUAAGCUUUAAGGAAAAUGCAGUUCAUGUUUAAGAGCAUAAAGGGCUUGAAAAAUGAAAUCACUUCAGGAAAUGAAUGUAAAGUGUUCACGUCUAACUUUAGUAAGCUUUUGUUUAUUUGUGGGUGGGGGAAAACCUCAUUUUUUUUCUACCACUAUUGACUCUACUUCAGGUUUCAACUUGAGUAGCAAGGGGCUUUUGAUAAACUGUUAAGUGAAAAAUAAAACUUAAAAAUAUUAUAUGGAUGGUAUGGACAGAAAACCCAGAAGAAAGCUUUUAAAAGGUCACAGUAUUAUGAUAGAAAAAAUAGCAGGCUUGCAUGUUUGAAAAGAAAAAAUGAAAAAUGGAAUGUGUGAUAUGGCACUAAAUUUUUAAUCCUCAUAUAAUUCAUUUCUCUUAUUGGAUCCUCAAUCAUAAUUAAGCCAUAUACACAGAUUAAAUUAACAGAAGCAUUUCACAUAAAUGUUGGUUUCAGUCAUCAACUACCCAUGAAUUCCUGCCCAAGGAUACUUAAUCAGGAUUAAAUUUUCUAUGAAUAAUUGAAAAACAAAAUACUCACUGGAUUUGUUAUAAUCCUGGUUGGCACUGGGUUCUAAGUAGUUGCCAUCUUGAAUCCAUUGUAAUAGAGCCAUACUUUGUUAUGCCCCUGUAUUGAGAAUGCCAGCUGAAAAAAAUACUUUAUAGAAGUGUCUGUUUAUUGAAAUAGUGAUUAAAAGGUUGACAAUCUUUUCUGUAUAAAAUUAACAUUACCAUUAAUAGUCAUUGAUAGAAAAUUUUCCUUUUCACAUUCAUUAGAUUAUUCAAAACUUUAAUUUUCACCACUUACUAUGCCAUUGUGAGUGAAAAUUUUAUUUGUUUCUAAAGGUGGCAUUUUUAAAGAAAUGAAACCUUGAUUUGGUGAUCUUUUUUUAAAAUUAAAAGUUAAUAAUGGAGCUCAAUUUUAAAAUAUCUGUGGCUGUGUAUUUUUUUGGUAUUUGCCUCAGUUCUAGACUUGUUUCAUGUAAGGGCUAAGUAUAUUUGAUUAUGACUAAGGCAAAAUGGCACCAUGACAAAGUGCGAUAUGCUCAUUAAAUCAUCUCUUGAGGAGUUCUUGGUAAUUUGUUUCAUAAAUGAGAACUGCAGGUUGAGGCUGGAAAAUCUGAGAUAUAUUCUAGUUUCACAUGUUGUACAAAUUGGUCACAGGGUUUUUCUUUUGCUCCAUGUUACUGAUAAUGAUAGUCAGGUUCUGUGGUAUUCAACCGGAGUAUGAUUAAUCAGUUUUAAAAAAUGAAAUUCCUUCUCCAAAGAUGUAAAACACUAGUAAUUGUCAAUUUGGAGUUUCUCUUAUGCAGAGAAAAUACUUAAUAAAUCCUCAGUUGUCCAUCCCAAGUUAUGUGAGUCUGCAACGUACAUGGCACUUAGCUUUCAAUCAGAAAGGAUUUUUUUUCCUGUUCUCUCCUUUAUAUUCAUUGUAUAUAUUUGUAGGUUUGGGUGGGUUUUUUUGUUAAUUUAUUAUAGUCAUUUCAGGAAUCAUUGUUUACAUGAAGGAAAACUUUUUUUCAUUAUGAAAUUGAUAAUGCUUUUACUCUAAGUUUAUCCAAACUCAGAAUUAAUAGGAUCUGAACUAGAAUAAAUUAUUCCAUCUUUUUAUUUCACUAAUACCUAGCAACCUCAUCAUCUCAGUUCACAGCAAACCCGGGGCUGGUGUAUAUUGUAGGAACCUUUUGUGAAGGGAUCAAAAGCUGACAAAUAAAAUGUUUUUCCAGAUUCUGUUACUGGCAUUUGCUCACCUGAUUGAUCGCCUAUUUAUUUUUUUUGUAUUAAUUUUAUUCAUUGGGACAAUGGGUAGUCAAUAUCUGGGGAAAUACUUCUUGCACUCAAAUUUCUUAAUAAAGUACAAUGUGAAAAAA